AUGGGAGUGCAGGUGGAGACCAUCUCCCCCGGAGACGGGCGCACCUUCCCGAAGCGCGGCCAGACCUGCGUGGUGCACUACACCGGGAUGCUUGAAGAUGGAAAGAAAUUCGAUUCCUCCCGGGACAGGAACAAGCCCUUUAAGUUUAUGCUGGGCAAGCAGGAGGUGAUCCGAGGCUGGGAAGAAGGGGUUGCCCAGAUGAGUGUGGGUCAGAGAGCCAAACUGACCAUCUCCCCAGACUAUGCCUACGGUGCCACUGGGCACCCGGGCAUCAUCCCACCACACGCCACUCUCGUCUUCGACGUGGAGCUUCUAAAACUGGAAUGACAGGAAUGGCCUCCUCCCUUAGCUCCCUGUUCUUGGAUCUGCCAUGGAGGGUCUGGUGCUCCAGACACGUGCACAUGAAUCCAUCCGGAGCUUUUCCUGCAGUUCCACGAUGCCCUCUGUACAAACAUCUGCCCGACUGAAUGUGUUCUGUCACUCAGCUUUGCUUCUCACACCCCUACUCCUCUUCCCCUUCCCCUUGUAUGUGUGAUCACCUAAACCAUACGCCAUAAACCUCAAGUGACUCGAUUUAUUCUGUUCUCGUUUUGGGGUGAAGAUUCAGUUUCCAUCUUGGGUCUAGGUUUCCAGUGAAGAUGUGGUCAGGUGUUAACAGCACAAGUGAUGGGUUCACUUUAGAACAGGAAUUGGUGUUGGGGAACGGGGUUUGCAAGAAUCUUUAUUUUAUUUUUAUUUUUUGGAUGAGAUUUGUAUCUAUUAUGUAUUAAACAGUCUUGCUGCGGCACUGCAAAGCCACAGCAGAAGUGAGACGCUGCUGAGGGCUGAGAGGUCCUCGGGUAGAGUAACAGCCCUGCCCAGACUGAAGUGGGGACGGGAGAGCCUUUGCCUCCACAGCCCCAGCCCAGCCUCCCCGGAACCCUCUGCCUCUGAAACUAGAUCACUUCCCUGCAACGCUGGACACUACAGGUACCUGUCCCUGGGCCAGCAGGGACCACUGAAGCCUUCUUUGUGACCUGGCUUUUUCUUUUCCCCUCCAUCCUGUGGUUUUUCUAGUGGAUUUUCAGAACUUUUAUAAUCUCCUAGCUAUCCAAGACUCCCAACACUUCCUAAAUUUUAAGAAACUUUUAAUUGAAAGUUUAAAUUGAAGGUGCUGUUUGUAGACCAUCACCCAGCGAAAGCCCGGCCAUCACGACACAUCCUUGAGUGUUCUCUUGAAAGUGAUGCUGGUCAUCGCAGCUUCAGCAUCUCCUGGUGUUUGAUGCUUGGCUGUCUCCGCUGAUCUCGGGUUUCCCGGCUCUGCCUCCCACCCCCUUCACACCCCUCUGCUCUCCUGUGUAGUGAUUUGGUGAGAGAAACUGUUGCUGCCCCCACUUCGCUCCAGUACCACAUGAGUUUCGAGUUUUAUUAUUGCAAUAAAGUGCUUUAUGCUGGCUUUUCUCA